CGCAGGGCGAGAGGGAGCCAGGGCAAAGCCUUGCCCGUCUCGCAGUGCGGGCCUGCUCACGCCAGCACCAGCGACGGCAAGGUGCAGAGCUAUGAGGAGCUUGGGGUCGCCCCAGCCGUGCUUCACCCGCGGCCUGCUGCGGCCUGCGUGCAGGUCCGAGCCCCUCUGCCGCCAGAGGUGAUGUGGCAGGCUGCCGCGCCAAGCGAAAUGCCGCCUUUACCGAAGCCUGCCGUAAAGACUAAAACUGAAAGUGUUUCCCUGACAAUACUACCUUCCGAAUCAGGAAUACCAGACACUCCGUUUAGCAAGGACAGGAAGGGCCGCGUAAAGCGCCCAAUGAACGCCUUUAUGGUGUGGGCCAGGAUUCAUCGGCCCACCAUAGCCAAAGCAUACCCAGGUGCCAACAACACAGAAAUCAGCACUCUGCUUGGGCUGGAGUGGAGCAAACUGACUGAUGAGCAGAAGCAACCCUAUUAUGAUGAAGCUCACAAGCUGAAAAUGAAGCACAGAGAGGAAUUUCCCGAUUGGGUUUAUAAACCACAACCAAGCAAAAAGAAGCCACUUCCACUGCCUGUCUCUACUGUAGCUUCCAGCCCUUCUCAGACUGUCAUCACCACAAGUCCAGCUGGCAUUUGUCCCUGCCAGUUGUCUCCUUACCCUGUUGUCAUCCCUCAAGUUGAGAAGACUAUAAGUCAUCCAGUCUGUGAGUCGUCUUCUGCCAUCCAUCUGAUGCCUUCUUCCAUUCCAUGUGUUGGUCCAGUUACUGUUUUCCAGGCUACUAAUGUAAACACGGCACCAAUGACUGUUCCAGCUCCAGUCUUGCAUGCUGUAGCUACACCACUACAGCCCCUUCCCAUUGUUCAGCCAGUCAGUCUGUUUGGAGUACCUCCUCCACCCUCAUUUCAGCAAUCUUACUUUAUAUCCGGACAUCACUAUUUCCCCUCAAGGUAAUGAAAUCCUUCAUUUCAGUACCAGUAAGAACAAAUGCUGAAAAGCAGAGAGUCUUUUGACUUACAGAAAGCAAACUGAGCAUUCAGAAGAAAGGUGCCCUUACAUUCCUCUAGGUCCUGAGUGGUGGGACCUGCUGGCCUGAGGCUGCUUGUAAACUCAUGC